AUGACGGUGAAGACGACGAUGAACGACGACGGAGCGUUCGUGCCGCGGCUGUUCGACAGCGUGGACAUCACCACGGCCGUGUUGCCUUCCUCCCGCACCAACCUCAGGGCCACGGGCUGCACAAUGACUUGGUCAUUCACGUACGACAGUGCCAAAGGUAACGCGGACAUCAACAACCUCAAGAAUGUGAUGCAGACUGCGUUUCAGGAUUUGGACGACUAUCUCAGGAGAGGACGCGGCAACCGCCCGUGA